AUAUAACUUGUUCAGAGGGUUGGUUCCUUUCACAAACUUUGAAAUCGGCAUCGAUCUGGUGAUAUCAACACUGAGAGAGAAAGCAUGGAGUGCGUGUUUGGAUUGGUUGGCAAUGGCUUCGCCAUCGUUGCGGCGGAUACAUCGGCGGUGCACAGCAUCCUCGUUCACAAGUCCGACGAGGACAAGAUCAUGCUCCUCGAUUCCCACAAGCUCGUCGCCGCCAGCGGAGAGGCCGGUGACAGGGUUCAGUUCACGGAGUACAUUCAGAAGAACGUGGCCUUGUACCAGUUCCGUAAUGGAAUCCCUUUGACCACCGCCGCUGCUGCCAAUUUCACUCGUGGCGAGCUCGCCACUGCUCUUCGCAAGAACCCAUACUCUGUGAACAUCCUUCUUGCUGGUUAUGACAAAGAGACUGGCCCAUCACUAUACUAUAUUGACUACAUUGCAACACUUCACAAGCUUGAGAAGGGGGCUUUUGGCUAUGGCUCGUAUUUUUCACUGUCAAUGAUGGACAGACACUACCAUAGCGGAAUGUCAGUGGAAGAAGCAAUUGAUCUCGUUGAUAAGUGCAUUCAUGAAAUCAGGUCAAGGUUGGUUGUGGCACCACCCAACUUUGUUAUCAAAAUUGUUGACAAGGAUGGUGCAAGAGAGUACGCAUGUCGCCAAUCUGUCAAGGAUACUCCUGCUCCUGCUCCUCCAGCUUGAGUUAACUUUGUUCCUUAUUUUGAAUGGACUUCUUUCCAGUUGUUUUUUCCUUUCGCUUUCUCUUAUUGGUAUUGGGAUGUCUCUGAAAAUCAUGGUCUCUAAGUGCUCUAAAAGUUAAUGGUGUAUCAUUUGAAUUAAUAUGUAUGAGGUAGGCUUGAUUUUAUA